UGCCAUUGGGCGUUGGUUGUUCUAUUUCGCUGCUUGUCGCCCGUCGCCCAUUUCUCAACUUUUUUCUUUACACUUUCUGAUUUUCCGUUUUUCUGUCUUGUCGAUAUUUUUCACGUCCAACACACGGUCCAAAAAUGGCGCUCAGCGAUGCUGAUGUUCAAAAACAAAUCAAACACAUGAUGGCCUUCAUCGAACAGGAAGCCAAUGAAAAAGCCGAGGAAAUUGAUGCCAAAGCCGAAGAAGAGUUCAACAUUGAAAAGGGACGUCUGGUCCAACACCAGCGACUCAAGAUUAUGGAGUAUUUUGAGCGUAAAGAAAAACAAGUGGAAUUACAGAAAAAAAUUCAAUCUUCUAAUAUGUUAAAUCAAGCUCGUCUUAAGACAUUAAAAGUACGAGAAGAUCAUGUCAGUGAUGUUUUAGAUGAAGCAAGAAAGCGUUUGGUCCAAGUGACAAAUAACCCUGAUUUGUACAGAGAAGUUCUAAGGAAAUUAAUAUUACAAGCAAUCUUACAGUUGUUGGAAAAAAAUGUCACGUUACGUGUUCGUGAAAGUGAUGUAUCAGUUGUGGAAGAAUUAAUUGAUGAAGUAGCAGCAGAGUAUAAGAAAGUAUCCAACAAAGAUGUACAUCUGAAAUUGGACACUGAUUCAUUUUUAGCCCCCCAAACAUGUGGCGGUAUUGAGUUGUUGGCACAAAAGAAUAAAAUAAAAAUUUGUAACACACUGGAAUCACGAUUGGAACUGAUUGCACAGCAAUUGGUACCAGCUGUACGAACUGCAUUGUUCGGUCGCAAUCCCAACAGAAAAUUUGCUGAAUAAUUGCAGUAAAUAUCCACAGCAAUAUUAUGCAUAUUAAAAACAAAAAUAAAACAUUCUAUUUAAAAUA